AUGAGUCCGUGCGGCCCCGACCGAGCCCGCCACCCCCUCGAGUAGGCCUCAUCGCCGCGCCGCCGGCCCGCCUGCACCAUGGAGUCGCCCGCCUCGAGCCAGCCCCCCAGCGCGCCCCAGUCCAAAGGAAAAUCCAGGAAGAAGAAGGACUUACGGAUAACCUGUGUGUCCAAGCCUCCACCACCCAACCCCACGCCCCCCCGGAACCUUGAUUCCAGGACCUUCAUCACCAUAGGAGACCGGAACUUCGAGGUGGAAGCCGAUGACCUGGUGACCAUCUCGGAGCUGGGCCGUGGAGCCUAUGGGGUAGUGGAGAAGGUGCGACAUGCCCAGAGUGGUACCAUCAUGGCUGUGAAGCGGAUUCGAGCCACCGUGAACUCACAGGAGCAGAAGAGGCUGCUCAUGGACUUGGACAUCAACAUGCGGACAGUUGACUGCUUCUACACUGUCACCUUCUACGGGGCCCUCUUCAGAGAGGGUGAUGUGUGGAUCUGUAUGGAGCUUAUGGACACCUCUCUGGAUAAAUUCUACCGGAAGGUGCUGGACAAAAACAUGACAAUUCCAGAGGAUAUUUUGGGGGAGAUUGCUGUGUCGAUUGUGAGGGCCCUGGAGCACCUGCACAGCAAACUCUCCGUGAUCCACAGAGACGUGAAGCCCUCCAAUGUGCUCAUCAACAAGGAGGGCCAUGUGAAGAUGUGCGACUUUGGGAUUAGUGGCUACUUGGUGGACUCCGUGGCUAAGACUAUGGACGCCGGCUGCAAGCCCUACAUGGCCCCUGAGAGAAUCAACCCGGAGCUGAACCAGAAGGGCUACAAUGUCAAGUCCGAUGUCUGGAGCCUCGGCAUCACAAUGAUUGAGAUGGCCAUCCUGCGGUUUCCUUAUGAGUCCUGGGGGACCCCGUUCCAACAGCUGAAGCAGGUGGUAGAGGAGCCGUCCCCCCAGCUCCCAGCUGACCGGUUCUCUCCUGAGUUUGUGGACUUCACUGCACAGUGCCUGAGGAAGAACCCCGCGGAGCGCAUGAGCUACCUGGAGCUGAUGGAGCACCCUUUCUUCACCUUGCACAAAACCAAGAAGACAGACAUUGCUGCCUUCGUGAAGGAGAUCCUGGGGGAGGACUCGUAGGGGUGGGGCCUUGGACCCCCCCACCCCCAGCCCUCAGAGCACCUCAGUUCCUGUCUGCUGGGGCAGUGCUGACCCACGUCUAUAAGCUACUGCCACUUGGCCUUGGGGCGCCUGGAGGAGCUGGGGGGCUGUUCCCACCUGGCUCUGCAGCAGGCCGUCUUCCCAGGUGCCAAAGAACCGGUCCAUCGGGGGCACCGAGCCAGGCCCAGGAGCCCCCAGCCCCACCAGUGCCUCUGCCCUUGCUGCUUCAAGGACCCCAAGCCUCCAGCCCUCCAAAUCCUAGACUUGGAGGGGCCUGGAGGUUCAGCUGAAGCUCCCUUCUGGGGCUCUGGGCACCCCACUGGACCCUGCUGCCCCUCACAGCCUGUGUGGACAGCCGCUGCACUGGCCAGGCCCCAGAUGCCACCAAGUUGUAUAUUUUUUUAUCUCUUGACUAAAUGGACUUUGCGCACUUUGGUCCAGCGUGGCCAUACCUGCUGGCCCACCAUCGGUGAGGGGACAUGACGGGGAUGAGCCAUGUGGGUCACCGAGAUGCCAGGAGCUGCCCGAGGCCUUCACCCAGCACUGGCAGACGGGACCUCACAGGGCACUCAGUUGCCAACCCCACUCCCCCACCUCUAGGGAGCAUCGUUUCAUCUUUUUUUUUUUUUUUUUUUUAAUUUAUCCUCUGUGGGUUGUUUCUUUUGCUUUGUGGGUUUGGCUGUUUUUUCUUGCAUGGUUUGGAGCCCAUCGUUUCUCUCGCCCCCUAGGGGACCUGCAGGCCAGGCAGCUCCCUCUGCUCCAGGGCGCCAUCCAGCCCUGUCUCCUGGGACUGGCUCGACAAGGGCUGUGGACUUUAGUGUUGUUUUUUUUUUAAAAAAGGAAAAUCUAUUUUUUGCAGAAAGGACUGCCCACUCUGGGGCCUUCUUCCUGACUGGUUGGCGUUUCCUAGUUGCUGUUUUAAUUUAAAAAAAAAAAAAAAAAAGUGGGAA